CGCCGAGCGAGACGAGAAACUCGAAACAACGAGAUAUUGUCUUAUUUUUCUCUCUUUCUUUGUCUCUCCAAGACUUCAAAGAAAAUCAAUGGCGUCGAGGGACAAGAAAGCAUCGAAACCCUCGACCAGUCGAGCUGGCAGGAUCCGUACACUCUCCGAUCUGAACCGGCCAUCCGCCGACUCUGACAGCGACUCCGAUGACCCUCAGGAGUAUUACACCGGCGGCGAAAAGAGUGGAAUGCUUGUCCAGGAUCCUUCAAAAGGCAAUGACGUGGAUUCAAUUUUCAAUCGAGCUAGGCAACUUGGAGCUGUGGAAAGACCUAUUGAUCAACUUCAGGAGUCACGAAGGUCAACAAGCUUUACUGGAACUGGCAGGUUACUCUCAGGUGAAACUGUAGAAUCUGCUCCUCAGCAACCUGAGACUGUUGUUCACAACAUUGUUUUUUGGACUAAUGGUUUCACUGUCAAUGAUGGACCUUUGAGGAGUUUGGAUGAUCCUGAAAACGCCUCAUUUUUAGAGAGCAUAAAAAGAUCUGAGUGUCCAAAAGAGCUUGAACCUGCAGAUAGGAGGUCAUCUGUUAAUGUUAACCUCAUAAGGAGGAGUGAGGAGUAUCAUGAACCCGAAAAGCGUCAUGUUUCAUUUCAGGGUGUGGGAAGAACUCUAGGAAGCAGCUCUACUUCAGUGGCAUCUGAGCCAACUGUGACCUCAAUAUCUCCAAGUACUGCUCCCACCCCUUCUGCUGGCCUCGUGGUGGAUCAAUCAUUGCCAUCAACCUCAAUACAGCUUAGGUUAGCAGAUGGAACCCGCUUGAUAUCACAUUUUAAUUAUCACCACACAGUCAGCGACAUUCGUGCUUUCAUCGAUGCGUCUAGACCUGGGGGUGCGGGGAAUUAUCAACUUCAGAUGAUGGGUUUCCCCCCAAAGCUUCUCUCUGAUGAAACUCAGACUAUAGAGCAGGCUGGACUGGCAAAUUCAGUUGUCAUCCAGAAAUUCUAGCAAGCUGCACUUAUAUGCUGUAUUAAAGUGAACCAGUUUUCUUUGUUUAGGUUUUCUAUAGUGACAGUUUAAUUGAGAGCUUUUGAACGUGAGGUCUGUUAUUAGCAAAAACAAAAAAUAAACGGGGGUGCGGGUUCAUAUUUGAUUAUUUUCUUCUUCUUGCUUAAGUUUUAUCAAGGAUUAUAUUUUGCUUUAGGUUCGGUUGAUGGCUUAGCUUUGGACCCAAUUCUUGUGGUUGGAUCAGAGCAUGGUAAUUAUCCUUUUCCUUCAAGCUAGCUGGGCCUAUUGGCUGAGUU